AUGGAAUCGCCCAGCGAGAUACCCUCUUCUCCCGAUCCAAACCCAAAGACACCCACUCCCGAAACUACAUCGUCCUCAAGUCAACUGCGGUUCCCCGCUCCAGCCGCAGACGAAAGAGUAAGCAACUGGGUUGAGAGUAUCGCCGCCUCCAAAAUGUCUGCUCGCAGUGAAGAUGGCAGCAUUCUCGGCGAGUCGACCUACGAGUUUAUUGACACCGAUACCGAGAGUCGUGACGAUAAUGCUACUGAAUCUAUUGCCUCGACCGACUUCGGUCGUCCAGAAGACGACGUCGCCAGCCUCGCAGAUACAGAACGAAGUGGGGAGGAUAGUGGGGAUGAAGAUAACUCGGAGGGAGCUCCGAUCCCAACCUUCCCAGGUCUCGACGAAGCUGCCGAGCCCUUUGAUACCCCUACGAUAGGACGAAACUCGGCUGUCCUACUCGAGGAACAUGACACACCCCUUACGCAAUCCAUCGAAUUUGAAGAACCUUUCAGCCUUGGUGCUGAGAAUGUUUCCGUCAAACAUACAGUCGCAGACUUCCAGGAGGAGCACACUGCUAGGAUUGUUGAGGCCUUGAAACUGUCUAAUCCACCUCAACGGUUGGUCGUUACUAUUCGCCAAACCAUGACCAAGCAAGGACUUUCUACCAGAGACCCUCUUCGAAUUCUAUACGUAGGGAGCCAUUCGGCAAAACAAGAUAUUAUCCAUAAGCUGGCAAGUUCUGUCACAGCUUCUGUGGAAGGAGUCAAAAAGCUGCGUCAGUCUUCUUCUCAGCUUUACAAUGUCGUUCCGGUAUCGGCUUUUGGCUCCGAGCGGACUCCAGAGAUCGAGCUCAUGCACUCGUCUGGCUACCAGAUUAAUGUGGAAGACUGCACAUAUGCUUCGACAUUGAAGUUUGAGGAUGAUCCUCAGAAGCCUGAUGUUUUGAAGUUGACAUUGGACGAUAACGUCUCCCACCAUUCAGUCCCCGAUGAAUCUGGAUUCAUUGUCGAGCCGCCCUGGGAAUUACCACAUAUUGCUGUCUUCUACUGUUCAGAUAGUGACGAUGUCGAUGUCAAACGAACCAGAUCGGUUACUAGAAAAUUCAUGGGUCGUCACAGUGUGCCAUCAAUUACUAUAUCACACAGACAGUUAUUUGACCGCAGUCAACUGAUGUCACUGGAUCAACACUCGAUCCAUAUGUGUUUAGAGUCUCGAGCCUCAAAUGGUAGGGGUACCAUAAUUCAUCAACGACUCCCUAUCGAUCUCGCGUCCUUUUUGAACAUUGAUGCUAGGCAGAUGAAUAGGAACCUUGCCUAUCUCACCGGUCUCCAUGAGCCUCCUGCAGAGACAGAAACAAUGGUUGCCGGCCCUAAAAAGGUCGAAAUCCAGUCAUCUAAUCCUCCUGACGUGGAGAAGACAUCUUAUAGUAUCAGCGAUAGUGUUAGCUUCAUCCGUAACCGGAACGGUGCUGAGUGGAGAGCGCUUCUACCAGUUGGGCUGCUUCUCAUCAGUGUAUUCACAGCAGUUCUCACUGGUAUACCAAGUUAUCGCUUCUCUUCGAAACCUGCAAUCUCCAUAAACAGCAAGGUUAUGUCGACAAUCCCCAUUUCAUCCACGGUACCAGUAGCCCAUCCAUCCCUUGUCCAAAGCAUUACCUCGCAAACGGCGGGAGCUUCUACGAGUACUCGCACGAUUACUGUCACGCAUGCUCAAGCUUCAGGACCGAACAGCCUUUCAUUAGUUCCGUCGAUGGAACUUGGAAAAACGGCCCACGAAGUCCAUAGUCAGCCUAAUACAUCCAAGAAAUCUCCAUGCUCUGCGGAGAUUCUCGGUGAUAGGGAAAUUUUGAUUCGCAUUCCUUCUGCUACCAAGCUCAGUUGGCUAACCAAGGAAGCCAUGUCUGUUAAUAUCACCAGAGGUAACGAAACCGUCGAUACUGAACGCGCCUACAGCUCUGAUGAAGGAAUUGUGUUACUGCUGCCGCAGAAAGAGGCUUAUGGUCUUCUCAAUAUUUCAAUUAUUACGACUCGAAAACCAAGAGUCAAUGAGACUUUUCAGGUUGAUUUUGGGACCUUUGCAUCUCAAACGUGGCAAGCCCUAAUGGACAAGAUGUGGUCGGUCUUUCCAGAGGAGAUGCAUCUGGUGGAUCCUGCUAUCUUCGGGAACUUGCGUUCUUCAUUUGAUGAAAUGACUGAAGAAGCACGAACUCAGUCACAGUCGGCUUGGUCGAUCAUGGAAGAAGCUAGGAGAUUGGCUAUGGAGCAAGCUUCUGCAGCUGGUGAGGGAAUGACUGAUAUGGCCAAGCGUUGGUCUCUUGAAGCUGCCAAGCGCAGCGCCAUCUUGUCGAAGGAAAUCGGAAUCCAGAUUUCUGAUGUAGAAGCCAUGGUUCUCAAGCAAUUGAAUGGCCUCAACCACAUGCAAGAUCCUCUCAAGGAUGGCAUCUUCAAAGCUCAAGUCCAAGCGAAGCUCAUGUGGUUGAAGAUGCAAGGCAAGGAGGAAGAGUACAAGGAAUACGCCAAGGCUGCUUUUGAAGCUCUCCAUUCCCAAGAUGCGGAGUCUAACACAGCGAAGUUGUGCAAGAGUACGAGAGCUGAGCAAAAGAAGAAGAGGACUGACAAGUGGGCGGAGAAGGACGCUGAAAUGCUCGCAAGGAAGGCCGCCAGGGCAGCGAAGAAAGCGAACAAAGGGGGCAAGAAGCCUACUUGA